UGUAUGAAAUACAUGAAAAUGUAUUACGGUAUUUCUCCGUCUCAGUUAAUUCAUCUUUCUUGAAUAGUACGGUUAAAUAGAUAUAUUCAUAGACCGUGUGAUGGAUAAAACAGGUACUCAAACCAUAACUUUAAGCUAUCAGAUAUUACAACAGGUAUAACAAAAAUGUACGCAGAAUAACCGUUCUUGACAGCGCUUGUAAUCAUUACUAAACUAGCAAAAUGUUCAUAUUUAUUUAAAACACACGUAUUGCAGUGACAAUAUUUUUUUUGAUACAGUGAGGUAGAGUGAACAAAAGUAGGCAAUUUUAAUCUUAAGAUAGCAGAAUAGUAACACUAUUUGGACACACAUUUAUAGCAAUGGUAAAAAUAUGAAAAAAUAUAACAAAUACACUGAAUAUACUGAUCUCGACAAAAAAGUACAGCCUUGACCCAAGUGGCACUACAUAUACAGUGUAGUUCUUUUCUCGUUUGUGAUGAAAUCAUCACAUUAAUUCAACAUUUAAUCAUAAUACUUCCUAAUAUAAUGUUUAAUAUUUUACUUCAGCUUUAGGCACUGGUCAAGGAUAUACCAAACAGUGAACACAUUUUUAUAAGAACCCGUCAGAGGCUGAAAUUGCUUAAAAAUGAAAAGAAACAAAUUGAGGCUGAGAUACAAUGUCCAUUUUCUGUAACUUAUGUACAGACGUGUGGCUAUAUAAUACCCUCUAUACAAUGAUUCCUAAUCUGGGGUCCACAAAAAAUAAUUAGGGGUUAAUUUUGAAUAUAUUGCAAUUUAUUUAUAAACAAAUGAAAAUACAAAGUUGAAUAUCAAAAUUCGGAGAGAGAGAAAAUAAAGUGAUGCUUAUCCUAUGAAAAUGGGAACCAACUGACCUAUACGUAGGGUUUUUUAUAAAUUGGAACCAAAGGGGAGUGAAAGGUAGGUCAAGUUAACCUGUGCAUACCAAUGUCAUGAUCAAAACACAUCAGUUGUCACUGGUAUUUAGCAAGGCUAAUAAAUUGGGCCUAGGUAACUGUACCAAGGUUAUUACCAUUAUAGGUAAAUACUGAGAAUUCAUAUGGGAUAAAAAAAUUUAAAAAAUACAGGAAAUACAGUUCAGUACUGUACUUGAAUGAUUGUAAUUUAUAAAUUCAAACAUUACAAAUAAAAGUCCAAUAUUUAUAGAUGCUACAAAUUAAUUGUUGUCAAGUUAGCAGAAUAAAAUUAAUCAUACCACAGAUACUAUAUUUACACACAUUAUUACUGUAUCAUUAUCCGCCAUGCUAUAAGCAUUAAUUACUGUACUGUAGUGUUAAUUACUUGUAUUUUACUCACUUUGGAAAUUGGGCGCCAUUUCAACUUCAUUGCUAUUGUUCUGUGACUCAUUUUGGGCUUGUUGAACAAUUUUGGGCGUAACAGGAGCUAGAAUAAUAGGUUCUUUGAUAAGGUCUGCUAGGCGGUUGAUAAAGCCCACAUAGUAUAAUUAUCACCAAUUCAAUAAAUCGCGCGUUUUUAAUAGCCAAUAGGAAGCCUUUGAGAUAAUACGAUAGCGUGGGAAGUCCUACUUUGCAUAUCUCACUCUAUAAAUACCGUGCUCGUUGAAGAGUUCGUCACUCAUCUAUUCGUAGGCUACAUACAUAGAAAACAUGCCUCCAAAAACUUCAGGAAAAGCUGCCAAAAAGGCCGGUAAGGCUAAAGCCGUUAGAUCUGGCGACAAGAAAAGAAAACGUAAGCGCAAGGAGAGCUACAGUAUCUACAUCUACAAGGUGUUGAAGCAAGUUCACCCAGACACUGGUAUCUCCAGCAGAGCCAUGGGAAUCAUGAACAGCUUCGUCAACGAUAUCUUCGAACGUAUUGCCGGUGAAGCAUCUCGUCUUGCUCACUACAACAAGAAAUCCACCAUUACCAGUAGGGAAGUCCAGACAGCUGUUCGUCUUUUGUUGCCCGGUGAAUUGGCCAAGCAUGCCGUGUCUGAAGGCACCAAGGCUGUCACCAAGUACACCAGCUCCAAGUAAUCAAGACGGCGCAAUUUCAAACCAAACGGCUCUUUUCAGAGCCACCAAAAGUUCAAAAGAGAUUUGUGUGCAAUAUCUGUAUGUGCAUGUUUUCUAUAUUUAGUUUAAAUAUUCUGAACAUAAUAUAGAAAAUGAAUCAUUUUAUAAACGUAAUACACAUUGAGUAUAUCGU